AUCUUUAAGGGUCAUCAUAUUGUAGAGGACAAUGUUCAGGAAGAACAGACUUCAAUUGGUUGAGAAGUUGUAAAAAUCCUAAUACAAACAGUGGGAAUAGAUGUCAACAGUAAAACAUUCAAUGGACUACUUCCUCUUUGCGUAGCCGUGAGAUUGGGCAGCCUUCCUUUGCUAAAUUUUCUACUUGGAAAAAAAGCUGAUCCAAACAUAUUGGACGAUAUGGAUGAAACCCCAUUAUCACUGGCUCUCAUCCAUGGUGACAUGGAUAUUGUGAAAGCGUUGGUGGAAGCCAAUUCUAACGUAAACCAUAUAGGUUUUCUUCCAGGAAACAGUUCUGAACAGAAAGAAUCCUUGCUAAGCAGGUUUUUGGAUAAAAAAGGAUCUUGUGCAAGUUUAGAACAAAGGACAUUACUUGUGAACUUUCUCAUUAAAAAUGGCGCAAGUGUAAAUCUUGACAAAAAGGGCGUAGAUUCUCCCUUGAUCAAAGCUGUAAAACUUGCAUUUUUUUCAUUCUCACAGAAGAAAGCACAAGACGUGGGUCUUUCUUUGUCAGCUUUAGAUUUAGUAGCAGAGCUCCUGAAACUUGGAUCAAAUAUUAACCACGGAGGCAAAAAUUUGAUGACAGCUCUACAUGUUUAUUGCAAGCAAAAAGGGGGUAACAUAACAUUUCUAAAUGAGGAGGAGGAUGACGACGAAGACGAAGGUGACAGCGAAACUGGAAACGUUGAUGAAGCAAACAAUCCUCUUUACAAAAUUUUUAAGUUACUGUUAAAUUCGGGGGCUUCAGUAAAUGUCCAGGCGAAAAGUGGAGCGACACCUGUGCACAUUGGGCUCAGACGUAGAUGUAUCCCCGAAGUUUUAGAUAUGUUAAAUGAAAAUUUUGAAGCAAACACCAAGGAUGCGUCAGGUGUUACAUGUCUUAUGCUUGCUUGGAAAUACGGCGAAGAACAGAUUAUCAAGGCACUACUUAAAUGUGGAGCAGAUGUAAACUUGGAAGACGAAAGUAGCAAUACGGCAUUGCAUUACUUAUGCAAAACUGGCCAAAACAUGGAAAUCCUCGAUACUCUCGUGCAAGGUGGAUCCCAUAUAAAUGCUGUUAAUAAAGAUGGAUACAGCCCAUUGAAUAUCUAUGUCAAAGAAGCUCAACGUCUGGAAAAAGAAAUUGUCAUUGAUCUGUUAUCCAAAGGCGCGGAUCCUAAUUGCUGUCCAGGAGGAUGUGAAUCCCCUCUAACUAAUGCAUUGAACAGAGUCGAAUAUGAAACAGCAAAAGUCCUUUUGAAAGCUGGAGCGCUUGUAAAUUAUAUUAGCAGAUCUGGUAUCUCACCGCUUUCCAUGGCAGUCUCAAAAACGAAAGAAAGGCGCAGGUUUUUUGCAAUAACCGAAGAAAAAGCAAAGAAAACAAAGCAGCGAGAAGAGAUGGUGAACUGUCUUUUAGAGGCUGGUGCCGAUACCAAUAUCCAGACAGAGAAUAAAACCUCACUAGUUUGCAGUCUGCUGUCGAGUCCUUUUAGACAAGAUACCCUGGGAAUUCUUUCUGAUCUUUUAGAGCAUAAUGGUAACCCCAACAUUGGGACAGAAAAUCCAUUAUGUUUGGCCGCAAGACUAAAUAUAGAUAUCGUGAAAUUACUUUUGAAAUUUGGGACAAAUGUUAAUAGAAAAGGGUCAAAGGAGAACACGCCACUGGUAGAAUAUUUACUAAGUUUACAAACAGGAAAAAGGGACGACCAGAUGGAAAUUUUGAAGUCUUUGGUUGAAGCUGGAGCAGACACAAAUAUUGCAAGCAACACUGGAAAAUGCCCUUUAGAAAUUGUUCUUGAGGACUACCUUGUUUUAUUGGAUGAAGGUUUUGUAAACAAGGUUAGACGAGCAUCGUUAUGGCACUCAUAUUAUUCUGAAGAAAAUGCUAAAUUACACUUACAAAAACUCUUAUCCCUCUUAAUCGAUGCUGGCGCAAAUUGUAGUCAACGUAAAAUGGGUGCCGAUUCGGUAUUACACAUAGCUGUGGCUAUUGGUGAAAAAAAUAUUGUGGAAAUGCUCAUUAAAAAUGGUUCUGAUGUAAAUCAUAUAGGAGAAAACAAAGACAUGCCUUUACAUCGAUAUUUAAAGAGAGAUACAACAAUGAACGGAACUCGAGAGACUGUACUGGAUGUUCUUUUAUCAUAUAAUGCGAAUCCAAAUGCAAAAGAUGGAGAUGGCAACACCCCAUUAUGUCUUUCUCUACGAACAAAUGCAGAGGACUUCCGAAAAUUACUUGCAGCAGGAGCUGAUCCGUUUUCUAAAGAAGAAAAUGUUUUACAGAAAUGUGUCAUGUCGGAUGAUCUUUCCUUUCUUAACGUGCUGCUUCAGGAGAAAGGAACAUUAUUUAUAUGCAACAGUCUCUUUUCCAAAUUUUGGGAGAGACAAAAUGGUGUUACGUUUUUAAGAAACAGAUCUCUCAUCGCAACUGUGACAUUACAGAUGUUAAGUUCACCCCAGGAGCUUAACGUAAAUAUAAAAAACCGCUUGGGAGCAACACCUCUUCUCUUCUUUUGUGAACAAAAUAAAGACUUGGUUGUAAAAAGGCUGCUAGAAAGAGGAGCAGAUGUUAACACCGUACACAAUGAUGGACGAACCGCAUUGCAUAUUAUAAUUUGCUCUAGGGAUAGAGAUGCUAGAUAUACCAUUCUUACGCUUUUAAUGAAGAAGAAUCCUGAGUUGAAAAUUAUGGAUUCAUCUGGGAAGACAGCCUUCCAAAGAGCAGAGGAAGAGUACCAAGACAAUAUUUACUACAAGCGCAUCGAUUACAAAUGGUUGUCAAUUUUUAUGAAAGAGGCGCUGCUUGCAGGACAAAUUUGCGAAAAGUCUCAUCUUAAUUCCUUGCUUGUCUUGGCAUCGCAGAAAAAACAUUUUGAUUUAAUGACCAUUUUGGUGGAGAAAGGUGCAGAUUUAACAGUCAAAAAGGACCAAAAGGGAGUUUUACAUCUUUGUUGGUCACUUCAGUACCAUUAUGAAGAGAGAGCGAAUGUAUCUUCUGAAGAAUGUCUGAAUUUCUUACGGAUAUAUAAAAAACACGGUGGAAAAAUGGACGACUUGGACAGGGAUGGGAACACACCACUAGUGUUGUUUUUGAAACAUGGACUUUACGACUUCGACGCCGCUCCGGAUAAACUGGUGGAUCUGAGAGACGAGAUAGUGUCACUUCUUGCUUGUGACGGAUCGACAGUAAGAAAACGGGACAACACAGGAUCGUCGGCUAUACACAUUGUCUCAUCAGAAGGAUGGUUAAGCACGAUGAAAAUCCUUGUACAAAAGGGGGCCAACAUUUCCGAGAAAGAUGACAAACAAAAUACAUGUCUUCACCUCUGCUCAAUGGGAGCCCCUGGUGAAUUCUUAUAUGACAUUAUCGUAUAUCUAGUUGAAAGAAAGGCAGUAAUAAACGAAUUAAACAUCAGGGGUGAGAGUCCACUUUUUAUUUUGGUUGAUAAAAGAGGAACUUUGUCUGAACUUAAGUGUAUCGAUGUCAUUGAAUACCUGCUGAAAAAGGGAGCUCUUCCAAAUCUACAUCUCAAGCUGUGUAACCCUCUAGUAGCAGCGAUUCGUUCAGCAAGUGUAAAACUAAUCCAUCUCCUCUUGGACUACCACGCAAAAGUAAAUGAAAUUGAAGAUGGACCUACCGCUUUGCACAUUUUCUUCAGAUGUUUUCGCAGCUUCAAUAAAAUCAACCAAGAUGAUAUAGAGAAUGUGGCACACAGAAUAUUGAAGAAAGGGGCAAAUGUAAAUGACAGAGAUGAUACCGGAAAGACUGCUCUUCAUCUUGCUAUCAAAGCUCUUUGUUCCGUUGACCGAAAAUGCAACACAGAGAGUAUUAUCCAGCAACUUCUUGAUUAUGGUGCAGAUAUAAAUGCUGUAGACAAAAAUGGACAUACUCCAUUAAGUAUAGUCUGUGAAACAAGAGGUUCGACUGACCGUGCUCAUCUAGGUUGUUGUUUAUUAUCAAAAGGAGCGGAUCCAAACAUUGACUUUGCAUUAAACCAGUGCAUGCGAAAUAUUGAUUAUUACGGUUUAAAUGCUGACUGGAAAAUUUUCAUACUGUCUUUGAUACAAAACGGAGCUGAUCCAAAUCAGUACAGAGAUGGCAAACCGCCAAUACAUUUUGCUAUUAAGUCAGGGCAUUCAGAUAUUGUAAAAUUUCUUAUAGAAAAAGGAGUAAAUAUUCAGUCGUGUGAUAAAGAUGAAAAUACAUGCUUGCAUUUAGCGUGCGAUUUGAAGACAGAAUCUGAAAGGUAUGAAAUAGCUUCGCUUUUGCUUGAACAUGGAUGCAGUGUCAACAAAUCAAAUAAAUGUGGAACAACUCCAUUAUCAAAUGUCAUAAAAAGAAUGAUAGAAGAUACCAACUCCAUGAAAAUCGAACAUUCAGAAACAGCGACAGUUGCAAAAGUUGACCUUUCCUUGUUCAAUUGGUUGAUUUGCGGUGGUGCUAAAAUAGAUCCUGUUGUAAAAACAUCAACAUCGUACAGUUACUAUGGAAAAUCGAUAUUGUCCAUUUUGCUGAGAAAUGGAUUUUUUGGGGCAGCAGCUACCUUGCUAAAAUGCGGAUAUAACUGGAAAGAUGAUGGAGACUUUAAGAACGUGGACUUUUCAAAUCAAGAAAAUUCAACAAUUUUAAUAAAUGGCAAACGGUACAACAGAAUUAGCUACGAACAAGAGAAAAAUUUAUUUUUAAAUGUUUUGAAGAAACAAGAAGAAAAAGAGGAGACAUCGCUUUCAUCAUUAUGCAGAUAUGCAAUACGAAUGAACUUAACUGAGGCUGGACAAGGAGCCGAGAUAGAAUCCAAAAUCAUGCUGCUGCCCGUUCCCGGACGAAUCAAAACCUAUUUGUCUUUAAGAGAACACACACAAGACUUUGAACAAAUGCAGUUAGAGUCAAAAGAAAGCACCCCAGCAGGUAUCAGUAUACAAACACUAAUGGAUGCUUACUAUCCCCGUGGAAUUGUUAUUGAUGAAUAUUAUGGAAGAGAUGAUUCUGAUGUUGAUGAGUAUAUGUAUUACCACGGAAAUGACAGUGAUUCUGAUGACUAUUAUUAUUAAUCAACAGUCUGUUUAUUAGACAAGGACAUGGUGUAAAAUUGUUCAUAUCAAUUUGCAACAAUUUGAUUUGUAAUUGUUUCUUAACAGAUUUAGAUUUUUGAUUCAGAGACGAUAACUAGAUUUUAAACCUUAAAUGUUGCACAUAUAUUAUCAUUUAUGUUUUUAAUUGUAAAAUAAGUCAAAUUAACAUUUUUGGUGGCAGAAGUAAAAAAAUGUCUAGACUUUAUUUAUUUUUAUAAAAAUAGCGGGAAAAAAUCAGCUUCAUUUUUCUGCUGUUUGGAUAGAUGUGUAAUGAUGUCAACAAAAAACAUUCAUGUACGAGUGUGACAAUACAAUAAUGCAUCAGCAUUUUUUUCUUUCAAUUGUGUAUAAUAUUAAAUCAAGUGGCAUAUCAAUUCAUAGAUGUAAUGGCAAAUUUAUUAAAACUAAUGGUAACAGUACGCAAGAUUUUUAAACAUCAAAUAAUAAAACUAAUUUUGAAAUAUUCUUUUGCGAUAACAUAAAAUACGGGCAUAAACCAAACUUAUUUUAUUGUAUGUGAUGCGAUUUUAAAAAUUUCCACUUACAUGAGCAUCAUCUCAUAAUACCGAGCGACAUUUAAGAUUUAAAAGAAUUCAUUGAUACAUUGAAAGUUACACAAUCUGACAAAUCUCACAAGUGCAUGCAUUUCAUGGCAUUCAUUUUUGACGAUUUCGUGUUACAACCCUAAUUAGAGGUCAUUCCACAUACUGGCCUGUAUUUUAGAUUUUACAAAUUUACUUUUUAUGUCAUGCUUAAAUAUCUAUGCCUUAAAUUCCAUAGUUUUUCCCUGAAAAGGAAGAGGCUAGAGUAUGCACAGAAAAUAAUUUUGAAGCAAUCGGCUUGUCAUACUUGAGUAUUAACCCAUCAGAAUUCUACACAAAUACACUUGUUUUCAUUUUUAUUAGUAACACAUUUUUGGAGUUCACAUUUUAUGUUAUAUUGAAAACUAGGGAAUAUAUCAGCAUUUAUGUUUCAACCAAUAAAAUUACAGAAUACUUUUAUGCACUUGUUUGUUUUCAAGAGCUUCUGUGUUUGUAUCUAUAUUGUAGAACCUUAUAAAUUGUAAUACGUACUUGUACCUUCAAAUUUUCAAAAUACAAGAAAAGUGGUUUUUAAACAAUGAAUUAUAAAUUCAGUCCAAAAGCCGUGAUAUUGGUACUUGAGAUUAUUUCAUUAAUGUCUAUGUAAUUUUUAUUGUUACUUACGAUAUCAACACUUUGAAAAUUGACUUUGUUGAAAAAUUACACGCCAACUUUUUGCCCUGUAUUCGAUCUAGAAGAUAUCAUAAAAGAUUCGUACACAUAUCAUCUAAAAUAUUUAUCAGUUUAAGAAAUAAAUGUUUUCAUAAAA